AUGGCCAGCGUCUUGGAGAUAGCUGGACCAUCCCUGCUGGUUUACCUUGAACUACGUGACAUGUGCAGCGUGCUGGUGUCGCACCACUGCGCCACGCGCGCCCUGGCGCUGCCGUCCCUGCUGUCCUGCACCCGUCGCCUGAAGCGCAGCAAAGCGGCGGAACGGCUCCGCACCGAGCUGCGGAAAGGCGUCUGGCCGGAGCCCAAGAAGCAACGUCGUUUGAAGGAUUUCUUAGAGUCCGUGGAGAUUUUAAGCCACAGCGAUCCUGUUGGACCAGCGCGAAUAGGUCCCGAGCCCCUUCUGCAAGCGGUGCUUGUGCUCUUGAACGACAGCUGCGGCCGCGUGCAACGAGCCGCUCUCAAACUCCUCGGUGACUUGGGGGAUGAAGCGGUGUCUCCGGAGUGCCUCCAAAGUCUCCUGAAAUCGUUGCUUUUGGCGGCCCAACACGCUGACGAAGCGGUGCGACUAGAGGCAGUCGAGGCCAUACAGACCGCGUUGUGUCGCUGGUGGCCGGGAUGCCUGACGGAGGAGCAACAGCACAUGUUGCUCUUCGCCCUGGGAUGUGCACUGAAAGAUAGCUGCCCACACGUAUGUGCGAAAGCAAUGACAGCCUUGAGCACCGUGUCGCAGUCCUCAAGAGGAUUGUCUGCUCAGGUCUUUACGCCGGCGGCAGAUCUGCUGGAGCAUCAGGAUCGCUUCGUGCGCGCCCGCGCCUGCGCCCUGCUGGGCCGCCUGCGGUCGACUCCCGAGGUGACGCAGCUGUUGUCCUUGCGGUGCGAAGAUAGCAGCAGCUUGUCGGAGUUGACGGUUAUGUCCCGAAAUCUUCCGCAGCCAUGGCUGAAGCCAUCCCCUCCCGUCCGCGCAACGCGCACGUCGUCGGGCCGCGACGGGGUCCGCGCUCUCGGCGCGGGGGCGGAGCACAGCGGGAGCCCAGAAGGAGACAUGAUUCACGAGCCCAUCACCGCACGGCAGGGCGAUUUCCUUGAGGAGCCGGUGAGCGAUCCUCGUCGGCGUCAGGCUUCGCCCGGCUUUGAUGAAGAUGGACCGCUCAGAAAGCAGGCUACAUCCUCUUCACCAGCACCAAGAGACAUACGACAAGCUGAGCCACUGGCUACCUUGGAAGAUUUUGAAGACAAGGAGGCCAUAAAAGCAACGCUGGGAGUCGUGAACCGCAGACAAGAAGAGUGGCAGCGACAGCUUCAGUCUGUGGAUGAGAAGCAGGCGGAACUGGCGCAUAUCCAGUGGAAGCUGAUCCGGGACCAGUCCUCCUCGUUGGUCAAAGAGCUAGCGAUUGUGCAGACGCAGCUGAAGGACUUGAAAGCGGAGUCCCGGAGAGCGCUGGUCGAGUGCGAACGUGCCUUUCGCGACAACGAAGCGAAGCUCAACGAGGAGCGGGGCUUGCGUUUGGCGAUGUUUGAAAGCUUGGAGAAAGGGAUGAGAAAGGUCCGCUCCGACAUGGACGUGGAGGCUCAGGAGCGGCAAGCAGCGAAUGCAGAGGUGUCCCAAAAGGUCAAAGCUUUGAGCGAGGAGCAUAACGUGAGGUUGCGCGAACAACAAGCGCAAGACUUGCAACAGCGACGCCUGCGGGAGGAUCUCAAGGUUGCCCUGGAGGACUUGGACGCCUUGAAGCAAACGGUGUGUCAAGAACUCUCUGAGCGUCGGGAAGGGGAGGAAACCCUCAGUGAACUGCUCAGGGAGGUCAGAGAAAAUCUCCAGAAGGAGGCCCAGAAUCGAACGGCAGCAGAGGAGGCCAUCAAAGAAGGCUUCCAGCUGUCCCUGGACCAGGAGAAGGCGGACCGUGCCGCGGAGGGCAAUUCCUUGCGUUCCUUGCUGAGCAGCCUCCAGAAGGAGCUGUCAGGGCUUAAGGAGGCCAACAGCCAGCAGCGGAACAAGUUGGCGGAGGUGGAUCAUUCAUUCAAUGCACUCAAUGCACGAAUGAAGGAGCUGCAACAUAGUCUGGAAGAUGAACUUCAAAAACGUGCCGAGUCAGCACAACGACUGGACCAAAGUGUCAAGGACUUGCAAAGCUCCAUUGAAACUGAGGUGGACAACCGAAAGAGUUUGGCGGAGGAGGUCGACCAUGUCUUGAAGUCCAUGAAGUCGAAAGUGAAGAAUCUGGUGUGUGAGCAGGGGGAGCUGUCAAGGCAAGCGAUUGAGACGGCCAGAAAACAGCUACAGGAACAGCUUGACCGAGAGAUGAAGACUCGAGAGGCUGUACAAGGCAAGUUGCAAUCAGCUUGCGAAGAUCAGCGGCUGAUGUUACUGGAGAGCAACGAGAGGAACGAGUCCUUGCUUCGGGAACUGGAACGCAGGUGUCAGGAACAACUCACCAUGGAAUUGAAGGAGGUGGAAGCUGCCCAGAUUCGAUUAACAGAGGAAACUCAUCGGCAGCUGAGAGACCUGCGGGAAUCCUCUGAGGAGCGCUGGCUGGAAGAGCGUCAGGCGCGCGAAGCGCAGGUCCAAGGCCUUGAGGACCACGUGGAUUUCUUGGAGGGUUUCCUGCAGGAUGCGCGCGAACUGUUCCUCCAGCGGGGCUCACGGCAGAGGCGAUCAAAAAUGUCGCAAUCUCCCAGGCCUUUAGAUGGCCUCAGUGAGACGCCUCGCAGGUUGUCAGACACACGAGGUGGCCUGGGAGCCUUUGUAAAUGACUGA